GCCACUGCAUUUGGCGGCAAGCUCGGGUGAUAUGGCCAUCUGCAAGUACUUGGUGGAGGAGCUUGGGUUUGAUGUCAAUUCGGAUGCUUCUGAUCGUGGAUCUGGCGUGACACCUUUGCAUUUUGCGGUGUCGCAUGAACAAGUGACUGCUGUGAGGUAUUUUCUUGAAAAGGGUGCUGAUCCCAAUAUAAAGGACUCCUCCAACGGCACAGCUUCUCUGCAUGAGGCAGCAGCGUUAGGCUAUGAUGAAAUUACACAACUUCUGCUAGCAAAUGGAGCAAAUGUUGAUGAACCUUCUUCUCAAGGGACACCUCUAGUGGCUGCUGCCGCUCACGGGAAGUUCAGUUCUAUGAAGAUUUUGUUGGAGCACCAUGCAGACCCGAACAAAGUCUCUUGGGAGUAUGGUACACCCCUAACUACAACACUUUAUGCUACUCCUGACAGAAUGGACGAAUCCACUUGCUUAAAGUGUGUGAAACUUCUUGUCGAGGCUGGUGCUGAUGUCAAAUGUACAAAUCCUGAGACUCCAUUGGCGAUAGCAACUACCAAUGGCUUAACUAAAUGUGCUGAAUACUUGUUGAAGGUUGCUACAAAUGCCAAUGUUCCAGUUAAACAUGAUACUGAUGUUAAGCCAAGUGAGGAUCGUAGGAAGGCUCGACUGAAAUCAAACGGUCCAAAGGCUCAGCUGAAAUCAAACGGUGCAAAAGCAGUUCAGGAGAAUGACUAUGCUGCUGCAUUGAAAUUCUAUACUGAGGCGAUCAAGCUGGAUCCUGAAGAUGCAGUGUUGUAUUCGAACAGGAGCCUUUGCCAUCUCAAGUGUGAUGAAGAAUACGACGCUUUGCAUGAUGCCAAUGCUUGCAUACGUCUGAAGCCUGAUUGGAACAAAGGUUACUAUCGGAAAGGAGCUGCCCUCAUGUCUCUUCUGGAGUACAAAGAGGCAUCUGAUGCAUUCUUGGCUGGAGUGAAACUGAAGCCUGAAAAUAAAGAGAUGGAGGACGCAUAUUGGGAGGCAGUUGAGGCGAUGAGGAAGGAACAGUCUGAACCAAGUCUCUACGAUCUUGAUUAGUGCUCGGCCGGGAGUGUCUGUGCGUGCUGGUUUCUGUAAUCUCUGGUGUUUCCGUUCUUUGUAUAUACUUGGAAAAAGGUAGCACGUGGUUUUUGUAUGUCAACUCAGUC